AUGGAGCAUGACACUACUAAUUAUCGUACUAUUAUUCACACUACUACUACUACUACUACUACUACUACUACUACUACUACUACUACUACUACUACUACUACUACUACUACUACUACUACUACUAGUACUACUACUACUACUACUACUACUACUACUACUACUACUACUACUACUACUACUACUACUACUACUACUACUACUACUACUACUACUACUAUUACUAUUACUAUCGUAGUUAUCACAGAAACAUACUGUAGUAUACUUACAUCUAUUCAAAAAGAAUAA